UCUUAUAGAGCUCAUUACCAAGCACAUAUAGUCCACAAUGUCUCUAAUAAUGCUAUUGAUCUCCUUCCUAAUCACCAUAUCCUUCUUGUCCAAAAUAUUACUACAUUUCUCAAAGAAACCCAAUUAUCCUCCAUCUCCACCAAAGCUCCCAAUCAUUGGGAACCUCCACCAAUUAGGACCUUUACCUCACCGUUCACUCCAAACUUUUUCAAAGAAACAUGGCCCUUUAAUGCUCCUCCAACUAGGCCAAGUUCCUCUCCUUGUAGCUUCCUCUCCUUCCAUGGCCAAAGAGAUAAUGAAAACUCAAGACCAUCUCUUUGCUAACAGACCUUCAAUCAAGGCUGCCACUAGGCUCCUCUACAAUGGCAUGGAUAUUGCCUUUUCCCCUUAUGGUGAGUAUUGGAAACUAGUGAGGAAGUUCAGUGUUUACCACCUUCUAAGUCCUACAAUGGUCUCUUCUUAUAAGUCCAUUAGAGAACAUGAAGUUGUGUUUAUGUUGGAGAAGAUAAAGAAGUCAUGUUGUGAUGGGAAAAUGGUGCAUGUGAGUGAAGAGUUGAACUACAUGACUAUGGAUAUUAUUAGUAAGAUUACAUUAGGGAAGAGUUUGAGAGAGUGGGGUUCAUGGGGUAUCAAGAUGCGUAGGACUAUUGGUGAGAGUUCUAAAUAGCUUGGUGCUUUCAUUGUGGGGGAUUAUUU